AGCCAGCACACAGACUGUGCGCAUGCGCUCUGUGCCAAAAGACGCGGCUCUUCGGUGUCUUCACGUCGGUUCCCGGUAGUUCCGGUUACCGCUAACCCUAACUCGAGUUAGCUGGAUCCUUCCCGUGCGAACAGUUAGCGCUAACGCGUUAGCAUCAACUUGAGUGUUACAGUCUCCUGACUCCUCCCCCUGAGGAUGAGGGAGGUGAAGGUGUCCGACGGAAGGAGAGAAGGAGUUCUGUCUCUGGACGACUGUCGAUGUCCCGUGUGUCUGGAGAUGUUCCUGGAGCCGGUGACCCUGCCCUGCACACACACCUUCUGCAAGGCCUGCUUCCUGGAGUCCGUGGACAAAGCCACGCUGUGCUGCCCGCUGUGCAGGAGGAGGGUUUCUACGUGGGCUCGCCUGAACAGCAGGAACCGGACUCUGGUGGACCAGCAGCUGUGGGACCAGAUCCAGACCCGCUUCCCUCUGCAGUGUCAGCGCCGCCUCACCGGGGAGGACGAGCCCGGAGGUACCGCACGCAGUGUGUGCUCUCCGAGAGUGAGUCCGCCUGGAGAGCUGAAGCAGGAAUACGAGGCCCAGGUCUCCAAGCUGACGGAGGAGAAGCGAGUCCUGGACCAGGAGGAGAGCCGGGCCAGUGACGACUACAUCCACAGACUGCUGGCUGAGGAGGAGGAGCUGCAGCGGGAGGAGACGAGGAGGCGCCAAGACGAUGAGAGACUGGCCCGACAGCUCAGCAGCCAGCUGAACCCGGUCCCGGUCUCUCAGGGUCCUGCUGCCGUCAUUCCAGCCAUGAAAAAGAAGAAAGGGGUCAGCGGAGGACAGAUGGAGAAGUUCCUGAGCCCUCUUCCCUCUAGCAGCUUCCUGGCCAACAAGGAGAACAUCCUCCCCCCCCCACAGACAGCCGGACCACCUCCUGCGGCGGCCUCGCCGGAGCUCCAGACUCCCAGGAGUCACAUGACUGGAGAAGGGUCGGAGCCGGAGACGUCGGAGGAAGGGAAGGUCACCGAACGAGGCUGUGGCGCCUCCCCCUCUCUGGAGGUGGGGGGGCCGGCCUCGUUUGGGUUUGCUGAAUUGGAGGCGGAGCUUGUGAGCAGACAGCAGCAGGAAGAGGAGGACCGGCGGCUAGCUUUACUUCUGCAGAAGGAGCUGUACCAGCAGGAGAAGCACAGAGCCACUGACCGGCGGAGAGGCUCUUCUGACCCGUAUCUGCUCCGCCCACGGGAGGACAGCAGACCCCCCACCAAGAGGUCCAAGCCCUCCUCCAACAGAAGACAAGCCACUCUGCCUGAGGUCCUAGAGGCCCCUUCUGACUCAUCACCUCGGACUGCAACACUUUUAGAAUAAAUUAAACAGACGCUUCAUUUGAUGUUUGGAAAUGAUUAUGUUUCAAAUGUUGUUUUUUCUCUAAAAUCCUGUGAAAAAUAAGUUUGUUUGAAACUUUUUGUUUUCUCAGAUUAAAGUUAAAUUAGAUUAUAA